UAGGCGGCGCACGUGGGUGGCUGCACCGCGGGCGGGUACAUGGCGGGUUCUGCAGGGCUGUCGCUGUGCGGGCAUGCGCUGGUGGUGCGGGGCGGCAGCCGGUUGCUGGCCACCUCCACUUCGAGCAGUGAUGAUGACAGCCUCUUCAUAUAUGAUUGCAGUGCUGCAGAAAAGGAGACACAAGAGCAUAAAGGGGAGGACGGACAGCCCGUGGAUAAGGGGAGUGACAUGAUUCUGGCGUCCACCUUCUCCAAGUCUGGCAGCUAUUUUGCUUUAACUGAUGACAGUAAGCGUCUGAUUCUUUUCCGUACAAAACCAUGGCAAUGUCUGAGUGUCAGGUCUGUGGUGAGGAGGUGCACAGCCCUGACCUUCACGGCCUCUGAGGAGAAGGUUCUGGUAGCAGACAAGUCUGGGGACGUUUAUUCCUUUUCGGUGCUGGAGCCGCACGGGAGCGGCAAGCUUGAACUGGGACACCUGUCGAUGCUGCUGGAUGUGGCCGUGAGUCCCGACGACCGCUACGUCCUCACUGCUGACCGGGACGAGAAAAUCCGAGUGAGCUGGGCCGCGGCUCCACACAACAUCGAGUCCUUCUGCCUUGGGCACACCGAGUUUGUGAGUCGCAUCUUCGUGGUGCCCGACCACCCCGAGCUGCUCUUGUCCUCCUCCGGGGACCGCACCCUGAGGCUCUGGCAAUACAGAAGCGGCCGCGAGUUGCAUUGUUGUCACCUGCCCAGCCUGCAGGAGCCAACGGAGCCCUGGAGCGACAAGAGGUUUGCUGCGUCCAGGAUCACUUACUGGCGCCAGGAGGACUGCGUGGCGCUCUUGUGUGACGGGCUGCCCGUGGUCUGCCUCUUCCAGCUGGAUGCCCCCCGGCGGCAGCUGGUCUUCCAGCAGCAGCUGACUUUCCAGCACAGAGUGUGGGACGUCGCCUUUGAGGAGGCCCAGGGGCUGUGGGUUCUGCAGGACUGCCGGGAGGCCCCCCUCGUGCUCUGCAGGCCUGUGGGCGGCCAGUGGCAGUCUGUUCCCGCAACUACUGCGUCGAAGAGGGUCUGUGCUCACCUUCUCGAGAACUGGGCCAUGUUGGAAGGCCCUGCUGGCACGGACGGGGGCUUCAGCAGCCUCUACAAGGCCACCUGCGACAACAUGACCACCUACCUGAAGAAGAAGGAAGAGCGGCUGCAGCGGCAGCUGGAGAGGAAGCGACGCGGGGGGCCGCCGUGCGGGCCCGGCGGGCAGACCAAGAGGAUGAAGGCGGGGCGCGCACCACGGAGCUGCUCGUCCUAGCUCGGCUCGGGAUGCCCCUCGGGGGUGCUCGCAGCCUCGGGCGGCGGGACGCUGUGCUCGCCCCUCCUGCCCGCAGCGCCCUGACGCAGGCAAAGGGGACCUCAUUCCCGACUCGGGCUUGGGGGCGGCGAGGUCCAUCCCGACUCCGCGGACACCUGGGGCCCUGCCGGCUAGCUGGACGGGACCCUGGGCUCUAGAACAUUCUGUCGCGGAGCAGAGCCCUCCGGCUGGAGGGAGGCCAUGCAGCGCGUUAGCCGCCAUGCCUGCGCAGUAAGAGCCUCCAAGCCCCUUCCCUUCGCGCUGGAGGGCACGUCACCCUGCAGCUGUGGCGCUGUCCUUUCCCGCUCGUCCACGCGGCUUCCUCCAGGGGAGCCUGGAAGCGGACGGACGUCUUUCCAGCAGCGCGGUGCACACCUGCGCUUUUCUCCAGUCCCCUCGCCCUUCUCGAUGGUCCACUACGCUGUCCAGCGGGCGGCUGCGCGCCUCGGAGGCCGUAAACCUGAGGGGAGUUAAGUCCUCGGUUCCCUGGGCAGCGCUGGCUCCGGUGCUCAGGCCCCUCGGGGUGCGGAGAGCUCAUCGCCGGGCUGGUGGAGACGGGCUGGGCCGCGACGCGUGAGGACAGAGAAGCCCGGCUGCACACUUACUCCGCAGGGAAGUGACGGGUGACGUUGUGUCUGUUUGAUUUCGGGAUGAACUUUGUGCACGUGCUGCAGGCAGGAGGGUCGGCUGAAUUCUAAUUACUGAUCAAUAAAGAUGAGCUUUUUUGCAGCUUCUAGAAAUUUUAGCAGCAACACAUGGAGCUAAUCUCGAAAUAUAUUGAGCAGAACCAUGUUUGAUGAGUGUGCUGUUUCCGACUGAAACGUUUGCUUUUUGAUUUGAAGGAAAACAUUUCUUUGGUGUGGGGUUUCACAGGGUACUUGGACACAAACCAUUUUGUGUAUCAAAAGCUGGAAAGCUUCAGACUUUCCCUAAGUGCCUUAUUUUACUUUAAACAUCGAUAUGAAAACAAUGCUGUUUGUGAACCGCCCAGGGUAACUUCCCGCAAGGGACAUCAGGACCUGCCCAGACUGGGGGCUGUCUCGGGCAAAGGAGAGCAGAGGGGGUGUGCCUGGGAUGGAAUGGGGUCCCCAGGGCGGAGUGGGGUGCCCUGGCCAUGGUCCUGGAGGGGGAGCCUGACCUCGUUAGCUCUGCAUUGGGCACAGGAAGGGUUUUCGUUAGUAGUCGGCUCUGAAUUCUUGGUUUUAGGAGCAAUUUAGGUUUGUUCUUGUUGGCGUCUUGGUCUAAGAUAGGGGUCAGCAAACGGGCUCGCGGGCCACAUGCCGCC